CCGAUGUAGCAUAUAAAGCCGGACGGAGGGAGACGACGGGCAGGCCUUCGUCCCCUCUCUGGAGCCAUGGCCCUCUGCACCGUUCCCUCUCUGCUGGCCCUGCUCUUUUUGGGGCUGUGCCGUGCGGCCCCCACCCCCGGUCCCGAUGUUGCUCCCUCCGUGGAGGACCAGAAGGCUGCUGAGGACUACCUGUCCCAGUUCUACCGCGAUGUGGGGACCACAAACUCAACAGGGAGGAGAAUCUCAGUGUCGAACUUUAAGAAUGAUCUAGAAACCAUGCAGUCCUUCUUUGGACUGGAGGUGACUGGUAAACUGGACAAAAAAACCCUGGAGGUAAUGAACCAGUCCAGGUGUGGUGUUUCAGACAUCUCAAGAUAUGGGCACUUCUACGGGAAGCCGAAAUGGGAUAAGACCACCAUCACCUACAGAAUUACCCAGUACACGCGGGAUCUGAGCCAGAGUGAGGUGGACACCACCCUGGCCAAGGCCUUCAAGCUGUACAGCGACGUCACGCCACUCAACUUUCAGCAGAUCCAGAGCGGCACGGCCGACAUCAUGAUCCUCUUCAAAGGGGGUGAUCAUGGGGACUUCUAUCCCUUCGACGGCCCCAGUGGGGUUCUUGCCCAUGCCAACUCGCCGGGACGGAACCAGGGAGGGGACACACACUUUGAUGAGGAUGAGGGGUGGACUCUGACUCGCAGAGGUGUGAACCUCCUGCUGGUGGCCGCUCAUGAGUUCGGCCACGCCCUGGGACUGGAUCACUCGCGGGACCGGAAGGCGCUCAUGUUCCCCACCUAUCAGUAUGUGGACACCAACGGAUACAAGCUCCCGGACGAUGACAAGGCGGGAGUCCAGGCUUUGUAUGGGUCACGGACACCAACAGACAAACCUGAGCCGAAGCCUGAACCAGUUCCUCAACCAUCACCGGACCCAGAUACCGAAGAACCCGAAGAACCAGAUCCCAAACCAGAUCCCAAACCAGAUCCAAAACCAGAUCCCAAACCAGAUCCCAGACCAGUCCCCGGGCCCAAUCCGAAAGAUGAGCAGUGCAGUCGGGACCUGGUUUUCGAUGCUGCCACAACCAUCAGACGUGAGCUUUAUUUCUUCAAGAACGGAUACUUCUGGAAGAAAAGUACCUGGUUCACCGGGGUGAGGUUAAGGCAAGUGAAACAGACCUGGCCUCAGAUUAGUUACGUCGACGCUGCUUAUGAAAUCAGGACAAAGGACACUGCCUAUCUUUUUCAAGGCAAUCAAUACUGGGGAGUAAAAGGUUACAGAACCCUCCCCGGUUACCCCAAAUCCAUAUCCACCCUUGGAUUCCCCUCCUCGGUGACUAAGAUCGAUGCAGCUGUCCAUCUGUCAACAACCAGAAAGACCCUCUUCUUUGUCAACAACCAGUACUACAGUUAUGAUGAGACAACAGGCAAGAUGGAUCCAGGAUAUCCUCGAUACAUAUUUUUUGACUUCCCUGGAAUUGGAUUAAAGGUGGAUGCUGCCUUUGAGAACUAUGGUUACCUUUAUUUCUCUGAUGGUCCACGACAGACUGAGUACCACUACCGCACAAAAAGAAUCAUCCGUGUUCUUUUAAACUAUGGCUGGCUGGACUGCUACUAAACCAUAUUCUCCAUCGGUGUUUUGCAGUUGUGUGAAUUCUGGACAUUUUGAUCAGUUUCGCCGUAUGAAUAAAUAAUCAAAAGCUAUUACGCUGCAUUUGGAAAUGUAAUGUUUUGACCUCAAAGUAUAUAUAAUAAACUCCUUCAUAUUAG